UCCAUAUUGACCAUAUAUACUCUCGUAACAUACAUCCCUCUCCCUCUCCCUCUCCCUCUCCCUCUCAUAUUUAGUGGUUCCAACUUCCUAGUUUUGUCAAACAAUUGUAACUAAAAUCAUAGGAUUAAAUAUACAAUAAACGAAGUCACAAAAACAUCUAGAUAUAUUGUCUAUGGAAAAUCCGCCGCAACAACCGCCUUCAUCCGCUGUUCCCGACCUCAAAAACACCAACAAGACGGCUGAGCUUGACUCUCCACUCCACACUAUCGGGUUCGAAAUCGAUGAGUUGUCGCCUUCUUGUGUUUCCGGCCACCUCGUAGUCACCCCUAAAUGUUGCCAGCCGUUCAAGGUGUUACAUGGAGGAGUAUCGGCAUUGAUAUCGGAGGCGCUGGCGAGUAUAGGGGCGUAUUUGGCAUGUGGGAUGAAAAGAGUGGCUGGAAUCCAUUUAAGCAUCGACCACAUGAGGAGUGCUCAAGUUGGUGAUCUUGUUUUUGCUCAAGCAACCCCUCUCAGCUCUGGUCGCACAAUUCAGGUUUGGGAGGUAAGAUUAUGGAACGCCGAUGAGACGAGUAUGAAGAAGGAUCACAUAAUAUCAUCAGCCAGGGUUACUCUUGUUUGCAACCUCCCUGUACCCAACCAUCUAAAAGAGGCUUCAAAACCUUUUCGCAAAUAUGCAAAAUUGUAGGUUUUGACAUUGCAAAGAAUGGUGGUCUUGCAGUUAAUGUUUUACUCUCUUAUUUGUGAUUGAAUUAGCAGCAGGACUGAGAGAAAAAUGCACAUACAUUUUACAUUGCCAAUUUUACAAGAUCAUGCAAAUUUUCAGUGUUUCUUUGUUCUUUUUUUUCUUUUAUUAUUGGGUAGAAAAAAUGUGUAUAAUUUCAGUUUUAAGAUAAAUACUCAGGUUUGGAUGUUUUCAUGUAAAGAAAAGAAUGAUUGGGCUAGCAAGUUGUUAUGACCUUGUCCUGAUUUUUAUC